UCUUGCACCCAUGAAGUAUGUUUUGUGAAUAAUUUGUUUCCGCCAUUCAAAUGUUAACAUAAUUUUGACUCACUCUGUAUUAAAGGCACCCUUCCCUAAUAAUUGGUUGCAGAAUCCUUGGCAAUAAUGACAGCAUUCAAACAUUUCUUAUAGCCGUCUAUAAACAUCUGGAACUGUUCUGCUGAUAUGUUAUAUGAUAAUCUUCAGCUGCAGUUUGUUCUAGCUGUUGAACGUCUGCAGGAUUUCUUUUACUAAUAGCAAAUUUCCCCUCUUUUCAAAGGUGGUCAAUUGGAUUCAAAUUAGGACUCAUUGCUGCCCAGUUUAAUAAGUCCAGUUUUUGUUUUUUAACCAUUCUCUUGUCCUUUUGAAUGUGUGUUUUGGGUCACUCUCCUGCUGGAGGACUCAUGAUCUUUGACCUAUACCUAAUUAUCUGACACUGGUUAGCACAUUCUACCCUGGUAACCCUCUUAUGGUUUCCUUAAUAUAAUGGAGAUCUCCAGUACCAGACAAAGCAAAGUAAAGCAGCCCAACAGCAUUAUGGGAUCUCCACCAUAUUAAACCAUAGGUAAGCUGUUCUUUUCAGUAUAAGCUUCAUUCCACUGCCUAGAAAUAAGUCACUGGUCUGCAUUAACACAGAGCUCUAUUUAGUUUAAUCAAUCCAAAGAACACUUUUCCAGAAUGUUUUUUUGUUUCUCUUGGAACCAUGCCUUUCCGUGUUGUCAUCCUGUUUAGCCUUUAACAAUUUGCACUAACCUUUAAAGCAUUGUUUGAUCAGUUUUCCUCAUUCUACCACAUCUAAGGAAGUUCUUGACAGAUCCAUGAGCAGCAAACAUCUUAAUAACAUCACAGGUUCUACAAGCAGGAAUGAAAAUAUUUCUGGAGAUGGACUUGUACCCUUUUGCAUUUUUAUGUUUGGUGACGAGUUUUUCAGAUGAUCUCUUGUUCUUAGCAUUGUUGAUAAGAAAUAGGGAGUGAAAGUGACUUUUUUUGAGGUAUGAAAGCUAUCAUUAUUGGUUAAUUCAAUUCAUGUGAGCACUAACAAUGUGUCGCAGUCGCAGAGUGGAAUUUCACUGUAGUAAGAAUGUAGCUCUAGGCAGGCAGUGUGGGGUUAAGGCAUUUGGACUUCACAUGCUGAGGGUGUGGGCUCAAUCCUGCUACUGACACUGUCUGACCAUGAGCAAGUCGCUUGACUGGCCAGUGCUUCAACUGGAAAACCAAACGAAAUUUAACAAAUUCUAUUGUAAAUGAUGUAAGUGGAUAAAGGUGUCAGCCAAAUAUGUAGAUGUAGCUCUAAUCAAAAUGAAGACAUAUCCACUUGUCCUUUUUAAUUGUUUGAUCCUGUGUUGAUCUAUAUCAAACACAUCAGUGUAUAUAGACCAAAGCUGUUUUAAUGCCAGCUUUUUUCAGGAGAUACUAUAAUUUUAUGUACCUAAAAGCCAAUGGCGCCAAUAAUGACACACUUUCCACUUAGUAUCUUUUAUGUCUAUUUCAAAAUAUAUUGGGACGUGCUGGGCAGACAAAGAACUUGUACAACCUAAAAGACCCAAAAAAUGUCAGCAUGCCUACCGAGAGUUCCCCUGACAAGCCCAUCAGUUUCCCUGCUCGCUUAUACCAGUGCAGGCUGUAUGUUCUUAGUUCCACUGCAGUAUUCCAUCCCUUUAUGUCAGAGUCUUUGCCAAGUUGUCUGUCUUGUUCCUCAGUGGUGCCUUUUCAGUCUAAGACCACAUCAGAUGUUCCAAGUCUAAUAUAUAGCCUUGCUGUUUCCUUAUUGUCUUAGCUACAAAGUUCUCUCUGAUUCAGAUUUAUUUACUUGGGGUAGAGACUAGAUCACCCAGUGCCAGUUAUAAAACACCUACCCAAUUAAAUGUCCCAACUGUAACAAUACCUGGAAAGUUAUUAAAUCGUUUAAAAGGAUAGAAGAUGCAUCAUCAACAGUCUGACUCUUACUAGCCUGGGUAGUCAUUGGCUUUAAUCUUUAGUCAUUUCCAUCCUCCCAAUGGUAUUUGAAAGUCAUAGCUUCUUUAAAGAGAGGGACCACAAUUUCAGUUUCCAAGAUGUCUUCUUGAAUAUUACAGUAAGUAACAGUUAAACAUGGACUUUCUCCAUGCCAGGUAGGCAUACUGCAGGUGAAAAAAUAUGUCCCUGGUAAUGCAAGUGGCAGCCUGUGAACUUAAGAGACUUUAUCUUUAAACCCUUCUCCAAACUUAUGUUAAAAACAUGUACUAAAAUACUGUUGGCUUGUAUAGAUAAUGUACAGUAAAAUGCUUCUCUCUUAUAUUAUAUUGAAUAAAUUAAGUUUAGAAAAUGAUAGAUUGAUGUUAUUUAAAAUGGCUAUUUAGACGACUUAUCCAGAGAAAAUAUUUAUUUACUUUGGUAAAGGCUUAGGUUUAAUCUUUGUGUAGCUCUAUAUGAACCCUGUACAAAUAAUAGUAGCUAUAAUAAGAAUUAGAAUUUUCUUUUUUUUUUUUUUGCUUAAUACAAUUUAAGGUCAUUGAGGGUGGGUUCUAUUCCAGUAGUAUCGGGGUGCUAAGUAGGAAACAGCUGAGGACAGCCCAUAACAGGGCACACCCAAGUCUACUCCCGCGCUCACUCCUAUUCAUUCUUUAGCUCAAUUUAAGUGUGGGAGAAAAAGCAGAGUACUGAGAGAAAAACCUCAUGCAGACACUGGGGGCAGGAAUAUGUAAACCCCACACAGCUGUGGAAUUCAAAAUCGGGAUGCUGGAUCCAUAAGGCAGAAGUGCUAAUGCCGCUAUAUCAUCAUCAUCAUCAUCAUCAACAACAUAAUACCAUGUGAUCCCAAACUGAAUCAAGUAGAUUUUAUAAUAAUAAUAAUAUAUUAUUAUUAUUAUUAUUGUUGUUAUUAUUAUGUAUUGAUAAUCUUUAAAUAAUUUAUUUUAAAGCAUUUAUUAUAUAGAAAGCCUAACUACAUAUUUUAAUUUUUUUAUUUGGUGUUACAAUAGGUGUGUUUCCUCUUCUUCUAAGCAACUGGUAUGUGAGAAAUAUGAAAGAACCACUUGAAAUGAAAAUAUUUAUUUAAAACACAUGCAACACUAUGUUUUUAUUUUUGGCUGAUUAAGCAAUUAUUUUGUUCUGCAUUUUUGUCUCAGAAAAAAAAAACAAAAACUGCAAACUGCUAUCUGUGCUGUCCAAAGCUGGAUUAAUACAUGCAGGCUGAUUUGAGCUGACAGAACAGAUGGUGGGUGCCGAGGGAGGCUGGGGUAUUACAGUGCAAAUUCAAUGCAUUUUUAAAGAAAUAAACAUAUGUAAUGUUUCAGACAAAAAAAUAUUACUUGAGUGUUUACAUUUGCAUUUUUUUUUUCAAAAUUAAUUCAUUUUCUUUCUGGGGUGAUUAAUCAGUAUUAGUUGUUCAGAAAAUGACAAAAGAAAAUCUUAAUAAUUGCUAUAUUUAAAAGAAGAUUCACUCUCACCUCCUUUUUUAUUAUUCAUAUGUUCUUUGUUCCAUAAGCAGACAAAAAAAGCACAAAGACGGUGACAAACUCUGUAAUUCCUUUUUUUUUUUUUUUUUUGCAAGGACCUCAGCAUCAGUAAAUUGUUAGGUACAGGAAGAUUAAUUCCCUCAUUGGUGUUCCCUGUGGAACCUGACACAUGACAAGACUUUCUUCUAGUGGUGCUAUGACUACAGCAGCCAACCAGUAAACCUCAUGUAAAUGAGAGUACAGUAUCAUGUACCACAAGAAUCCACCUCUUUCUUUUUAGGUUAUCAUUUUAUUGACAGCUGAAGGGCACUGCCUUUUGCUCAUAUAUUAUUGUGUAGCACACAGAGCACGUCCUGAUUGGAUCGUUACUAAGGGGUGGGUGAUGGUGUCUGGGAAACACGGAGACACAGAGUAGGCAAUUUCAUUAGAAAACAGCCUUCUGCUUUGAGGGAGCAUGCCGAUUUAAUUGCUGCUUUUUCUAGUCAUGCUAGUGUUCAACUCUGAUGCUGAGUCAGAGACAGGUAUCCCAACAUCCCCUUCUUAUAAGCCUCCUUCAGGAAUCAUGGAGGAAUUAGAACAUACAUGCCCUCUGCCUCGGACGACACUGACAGAGCCUGCCCCAUUUGCUGACGAAACGAGCUGCCAGUGUCGCGCGCCUCAUGAAAAGUUAACAGUUGCUCAGGCACGUCUUGGGACUCCAGUGGACCGACCAGUGAGAGUAUAUGCUGAUGGAAUCUUUGACCUCUUCCAUGCUGGCCAUGCAAGAGCGCUCAUGCAAGCCAAAAACCUUUUUCCCAAUGGCUACUUGAUUGUAGGAGUUUGCAGUGAUGACUUGACCCACAAAUACAAGGGCUUUACAGUGAUGAAUGAAGAUGAACGAUACGAAGCCCUCCGGCACUGCCGAUAUGUUGAUGAGGUGGUCAGGGAUGCACCGUGGACACUUACUCCGGAGUUCUUAGAAAAACACAAGAUUGACUUUGUUGCACACGAUGACAUUCCGUAUUCUUCUGCUGGCUCAGAAGAUGUCUACAAGCACAUCAAAGAAGCAGGUAUGUUUGUGCCGACUCAAAGAACUGAAGGCAUCUCUACAUCUGAUAUAAUAACAAGAAUCGUAAGGGACUAUGAUGUGUAUGCUCGUCGCAAUCUACAACGGGGAUACACAGCAAAGGAGCUAAACGUGAGCUUUAUAAAUGAAAAGAAAUACCGUUUGCAAAACCAAGUGGACAAAAUGAAAGAAAAAGUGAAGAAUGUAGAAGAAAAAUCAAAGCACUUUGUUUAUAAAGUAGAAGAGAAAAGCCAUGAUCUCAUUCAGAAAUGGGAGGAAAAAUCAAGAGAAUUUAUUGGAAACUUCUUGGAGCUCUUUGGCCCUGAUGGCACGUGGAAGCAAAUGUUUCAGGAGAGAAGUGGAAGAAUGUUGCAAGCACUGUCCCCACGACAGAGUCCAACCGGCAGUCCAACCAGAGAGUUGUGUACUUCACGCUCACCAUCGCCUACUUUCCAAUGGCCUUUUAAUAAUAAGACUACACCUCCAUCUUCCCCCAAGGCAGCGUCUGCGUCCAUCAGCAGCAUGAGCGAGGGGGAUGAAGACGAGAAAUAGAGGACCAUCUAGCUUAUGAGCUGAAUUACUGUCAAUGUCUCAGGAAGGACAGCUUCAGCUCUCCAGUUUUUUUCCCCAUUUCAAAAUCUUAAGAUAUGAUGCACUGAACAAACCCUGGUGUGUGCGUGUUGCAUUUGAAUCCGUGCUUAGGUCUUUAAGCACUAGUGAUCUGAGUUUCCCCCACUUGCUGAGGCAUUGGAUUAGUUAGGUUGUAUUUUAUUUAGGGAAGAAGGGCUGAUUGUAAAGGUUUACUUGAGCUGCUAGGCAUUUGUGUUCUUGCAGAUAAUGUACAGCAUAUGACUGACCUCAUGCAGUAUGACUUGUAGUAAAGUUAAUAGAAACGUGUAGACUAUAUGUCUGUUUUAUAUUAGAUUUUAAAUAAAUGUGGGCAGCCUCAAUUACUUUCCAUCUAUUUUAAGCAAUUGCACUACGCUGAUCCCAAACACAGGGUUAAACACCAUCAAGUCCUUAACAGCAGAAGUCAGUGUCAGGUUAGUACACCUUAGAAGCUAUUGCAUGCCAUUAUUGCCAUAAAUUUUAUUAAUCCAGUUCCAAUACAAAUUGGAUUUGGAAAGACAUACUUGAUACAAACAGCUUUUUAAUAUGAACCAAUUUGAGGCAAGCUGAAGAUUCAUAAUUUUAAGCCUCUUUACAAAUAGGAUGACUUAGAUCGGAUGUUGCUAGACCAUUUGCAGGAUUUGAACUCUGCAACACCUUUAUACCUCUCAUUCUCAGAAAAGGUUCAGCCAUCUGACUGGGAAAUUAGCAACUUUAUACAAAUUUUACACAGUUUUUCACCUCUUCUGUAAUUUGAGUCCUGAGUGAUCAUACAAAGGACCCAAGUCUCAACAUCCAGUCUUCAUAGCCUUGAAGUAAUUAGUGUUAUUUACACAGAAGAGCUACAUGAUCAAACUCGGCGUAAUUAUGGUAAAUUGGUAUCUAAUUGAUAAGUAACAGUCUCUCGUAAUCCAAUCACUUCAGAGAUACGCGUACACACCAUCAUCUUAGCUCCCGACUAGGAGCCUUGACAGCUUUAAACGCCGCACUCAUGAACACAUCCUCUGGGAUUUCAGUCUGCUCAUUAUUUGCAACAUUACACUCGAUUCCUUCUCUAGUCCUAAGGGCAUUUAUUAGAUUUGCUUAAACAAUAUUUCCAUCACUGCAGAAUUCUUAGAACCUUUGGCAAUUUUGACAUUCCUGCAUUCUCCACUGUUGUUUACAUGUAAUAGUUUUAAAAUUCAAAUUAAUGCUCUUGCAUCACACCUGUAAGACCUUAAGACAUUCUGAGGUCUGCCACAGGUCAAUUUUAAACAUACCAGUGGAAGACAAUCCACCAAACUGGAUGUUGCUAUGGAAUUCAAUUUUGAGAAUGUUUCAAAACUAGAAGACAAAUUUAUCAGGCACAACCUUUGCUCAUAUGAAACAGAACUACAGAUCGUCCUUCCCUAAAUUCUGUGGCCUGCCUGCACAUUCCAGCGUGCUCUCUGGCAUGUUCGGAGUUUGCAUGUAUCCUUUUCAGUUUUUUAUCCCCCUUAUCCCAAAGAUGUUCAGGCCCAGUUGCUUAGUGAGAGUGUGCCCGAGUAAGGGUCAGAGUGUGCCCAUGGGAUGGACUGGCGCCCCAUCCUGGGCUGGCUCCCUCAUGGAACUCAAUUCUUCAUCCUACAAGACAAUAAACAAGUUUACACAAAAGGAAUGACAAGCUGAGGAGCACUCAAUGGGCGAGAGAGGAAACUGAAAACUCUCCUUAGCUGGGGCUCAGUUUCUGUAUGCAUUUCCAUGAAACAUGCAAUGACUUUGAUUUUCAGACAGUUUGCUCAGCCUGGUGUUUGUUAGAAUUGAAAUGUAGACACACAGAUAUUACUGAAAUUGAAUGAAUGAUACCGUUACAAACUUCAGAAUGUUCCUCGGAGCUAACUUAGCCACGAUGUUCUAACAAUGCCCAAGUCGGCUCUGCUAGAGUAAAGCACUCUCUGCAAGAGCAGGACCAGACGCCACUCGCAGACCAUUUUUAGAAAUUAAAAAUACAAUAAUAUAUAUACUCAAAUGCACUGUUUUUAAAGUCUGCUUUAUAAAUAUGUUUUGUUUAAAUUAUUUUAACAAAUAAUAUGUAAAUAAUUCAUUUACAAAUGUAAUGUUCUGUUGGUUUCUAUAAUUGUUUGCUUGUUAAAAAAUAAACACUGAAGCUUGAUAAAUAAUA